AUGUGUUCGUCGGCCGGGAGGGGUGGGGGAUGGGAAGAUGAGAGUGAAUGGGAAGAAGCAUUUGCCAAUUAUAAAGCUGUAUAUGUAGUGUUAAUGAAUUCUAACACUCCAGGCUCAAUUCAUACAGCUGCAUCAAUCUUAAAUUCAAUUGAAAAUAUCUAUAUUGUCUCGAUCCCACCAUCUCUAUCUUCACCAGUGACAACUGAUGUGGGUAUUUGUGCAACUGCGACAUGGGCUCAAAACGGCCGAACUGUGGCUGGUGGCAACGGCAGUGGAUCAGAAUUCACUCAGCUAAAUGGGCCAUUUGGAUUAUUUGUUGAUGAGAAUCAAACUAUUUAUGUGACAGAUCGCUAUAAUAAUCGUGUGAUGAAAUGGGAGCGUGACGCUUUGAGUGGUCAGCUAGUUGCAGGUGGAAAACGACAAGGAACCCGUGAUGAUCAAUUGAAUUACCCUACUGAUGUUGUCGUCGAUCAAGAUGGAACAAUAUACAUUAGUGACUAUGGCAAUCAACGGGUUCAACAAUGGUCUCGAAAUGCUCAAAGUGGAAAAACAAUUAUUAGCAAAAUCACUGCUACUGGCAUAGCAAGAGAUAAUGAAGGAUCACUCUAUGUGUCUGAGUGGAGUGCGAACAUUGUGAAAAAAUGGCGUGUUGGUGAGACAGUUGGGAAAGUGAUUACUUCAGAAGUUAAUCAUCCUGGCUUACUGUCCAUUGAUCUCAAUCAGUCUGUCUUUGUGGCUGAUCAGUGGAACCACAGAGUAAUAAAAGUGGAUAAUGGAACAACACAAAUCUCGAUUGUUGCUGGUGAUGGAUCUUCUGGUCGUGGCGCAUACCAAUUACAUACGCCGAUGAGUGUUGUUGUCGAUCAGUUGGGUACGGUCUAUGUGGCUGAUACUAAUAAUCAUCGAAUAAUGCGAUGGCCACUUGGAGCUACAUCCGGCAAUGUCAUUAUCGGUGGUCGUGGUCAAGGUUCUAGAUCUGAUCAACUUAGUGAGCCCACUGAUUUAGCAUUCGAUCUUGACGGAAAUCUCUAUGUUGUCGAUCCAGGAAAUGAUCGCGUGCAAAAAUUUUCCAUUGAUAAGAGUUUAUGUUAA